ACCAACAGCCAUCAAAGCAUCAUGAUGUCCUCCAAGGCCUUUGCCAGCAGCUUGCUGAUCUUAAGCUUCCUUUUUGCAAGCACUUGGGCAUUCGUGCCUCGUCAGCUUACCCGUACACCCCUGCAGCAGCGUGGCCAAGGCCGCCUGCAUAUGGCCUUGCCCGGCAACGCUAUGGCCUCCUUGGGCCUCCUUUUGACUGCGUCCACGGGCCUCUACGCGCCUUCCUCCCCUCCCCCUUCCUUCCACAACCAAGCCUUCACCAGCACCACCCUCUCGAAGGAAGUCGAGAGCCGCCAGGGCAUGUACAAAGAGUACACGGUCGAGAAAACGGGGCAACAGUACGAAAACGCAGAGGGGACCUUCAAGACGAAAGAUGAGACGGCAGGGAACAAGAAUAAAUACGUGGCUAUCUUGGCAGUCCUCCUGGUGGGAAGCUGCGUCAUUCCCAUGGCCCAAUAUUUCUGGUAUGUCAAGGACGAUUAAGUCUUCCAUCCUGAGUCCUCAUCCCUGGACGGAGUGGGUCGAAAUUGCAUCAUCGACGAGGCGAUGGCGUCAGCUUCAUCCGCGGAAACAAUCUCUCCCAAUUUUUCCUUCGUCGCCUUUGUUGAUGGAUACACGUCCGUACUCAUCAGUAGUGAUCCCUCCAGUGCGAUUGGGCAUGGGGCAUGAUGGAAAAAGAAGGCUUGAAGUAACGCCCUUCAGGGUGCCGAUUGGAUGGGGAAAGAAUUUUUCGAAUAAAACACAAAAAGUUGAAAAUAGACGAGGCAAAAGAUGUGCUGUACUUCCU